CCAAACCCGCCCCCGCGUAUAAGCCCCUUCUCGGCUCUCUCUUUCCAUCUCUCUCCUCUCUCUUUCUCUCUCGCUCCCUUCCUCCCUGUAACUGAACAGUGAAAAUUCACAUUGUGGAUCCGCUAACAGGCACAGAUGUCAUGUGAAAACGCACAUGCUCUGCCAUCCACACCGCCUUUCUUUUCUUUCUGUUCCCUCUUUUCUUCCCUUGUUCCUUCUCCCUCUUCUUUGUAACUAACAAAACCACCAACAACUCCUCCUCCUGCUGCUGCCCUUCCUCCUCCUCCUCAGUCCAAGUGAUCACAAAAGAAAUCUUCUGAGCCGGAGGCGGUGGCAUUUUUUAAAAGCAAGCACAUUGGAGAGAAAGAAAAAAGAAAAACAAAAGCAAAACAAAACCUAGGCACCAGCCAGCCAGCACAUUUUUUUUCACCCUUCCUGAAAGCAAACAAACAUCCAAACAACCAUCAAAACAGUCACCACAUCACCAUCAAAACUGUUAACAUAGCAGCGGCGGCGGCAGCGGCGGCGGCGGCGGCAAACGUCACCCUCCGGCCACGGCGUCCGCCUAAAGAGAUGGUUUUCUCAGCAGAGCAGCUCUUCACCGACCACCUUCCUCACUCGUGCUGAGCGGGAUUUUUGGGCUCUCCAGGGUUCGGGCUGGGAGCAGCUUCAUGACUACGCGGAGCAGGAGAGCGGCCACAUCAUGCGAGCACAAAUUGAAGUGAUACCAUGCAAAAUUUGUGGCGAUAAGUCCUCCGGGAUUCACUACGGAGUCAUCACGUGUGAAGGCUGCAAGGGAUUCUUUAGGAGGAGCCAGCAGAACAAUGCCUCUUACUCCUGCCCAAGGCAGAGAAACUGUUUAAUUGACAGAACCAACAGAAACCGUUGCCAACACUGCCGACUGCAGAAGUGUCUUGCCCUAGGAAUGUCAAGAGAUGCUGUGAAGUUUGGGAGGAUGUCCAAGAAGCAACGGGACAGCCUGUAUGCUGAGGUGCAGAAGCACCAGCAGCGGCUGCAGGAGCAGCGGCAGCAGCAGAGCGGGGAGGCGGAGGCCCUCGCCAGGGUGUACAGCAGCAGCAUCAGCAACAGCCUCAGCAACCUGAACAACGAGGCCGGCGGCACUUAUGCCAAUGGACAUGUCAUUGACCUGCCCAAGUCCGAGGGUUAUUACAACGUGGAUUCCGGCCAGCCAUCUCCCGAUCAGUCAGGACUUGACAUGACUGGAAUCAAACAGAUAAAGCAAGAACCCAUCUAUGACCUCACAUCCGUACCCAACUUGUUUACCUAUAGCUCUUUCAACAACGGGCAGUUAGCACCAGGGAUAACAAUGACAGAAAUCGAUCGAAUUGCACAGAACAUCAUUAAGUCCCAUUUGGAGACAUGUCAAUACACCAUGGAGGAGCUACACCAGCUGGCGUGGCAGACCCACACCUAUGAAGAAAUUAAAGCGUAUCAAAGCAAGUCCAGGGAAGCACUGUGGCAGCAAUGUGCCAUCCAGAUCACUCACGCCAUCCAAUAUGUGGUCGAGUUUGCAAAGAGGAUAACAGGCUUCAUGGAACUCUGUCAAAAUGAUCAGAUUCUACUGCUGAAGUCAGGUUGCUUGGAAGUGGUUUUAGUGAGAAUGUGCCGUGCCUUCAACCCAUUAAACAACACUGUUCUGUUUGAAGGAAAAUAUGGAGGCAUGCAGAUGUUCAAAGCCUUAGGUUCUGAUGACCUAGUGAAUGAAGCAUUUGACUUCGCAAAGAAUUUGUGCUCCUUGCAGCUGACUGAGGAGGAGAUUGCUUUGUUCUCAUCUGCUGUUCUGAUAUCUCCAGACCGAGCCUGGCUGAUAGAACCAAGGAAGGUCCAGAAGCUUCAGGAAAAGAUUUAUUUUGCACUUCAACAUGUGAUUCAGAAGAAUCACCUGGAUGAUGAGACCUUGGCAAAGUUAAUAGCCAAGAUACCAACCAUCACGGCCGUGUGCAACUUGCAUGGAGAGAAGCUGCAGGUAUUUAAGCAAUCGCAUCCAGACAUAGUGAAUACACUCUUUCCUCCGUUAUACAAGGAGCUCUUUAAUCCUGACUGUGCCACCGUCUGCAAAUGAAGGCAACGCCAGAACUGUCUCAUAGUCCUGGAAUGCAUCACCAUUAAGACAAAAGCAAUGUGUUCAUGAAGACUUAAGAAAAAAAUGUCACUACUGCAACAUUAGGAAUGUCCUGCACUUAAUAGAAUUAUUUUUCACCGCAACAGUUUGAAGAAUGUAAAUAUGCACCUGAGUGGGGCUCUUUUAUUUGUUUGUUUGUUUUUGUUUUUGAAAUGACCAUAAAUAUACAAAUAUAGGACACUGGGUGUUAUCUUUUUUUAAUUUUAUUCGGGUAUGUUUUGGGAGACAACUGUUUAUAGAAUUUUAUUGUAGAUAUAUACGAGAACAGAGCGGUACUUUACAUGAUUACUUUUCCUGUUGAUUGUUCAAAUAUAAUUUAAGAAAAUUCCACUUAAUAGGCUUACCUAUUUCUAUGUUUUUAGAUAGCUGAUGCAUGUGUAAAUUUGUAGCUGUCUUGGAAAGCACAGUGCAUGUAUGUAAUACGUAUAUAAUAUCUGAGAAUAUUAUAUAUGACAAUUACUUAUACACGCACAUGCACUGUGGCUUAAAAUAUCAUACCUACUAGCAAAGGAGGUUUGGUCAGGCUCUCUUAUAUUAUUUACCUUCUGUGUUCUAUGUUACCUUUAUGUUAGACAAUCAGGAUUUUGUUUUCCCAACCAGAGUUUUCAUCAAUAGUCGGUGGCAAGAUGGUACCAAUUCAGACAUUAGUCUACGAAGGAAGAAUUAAAAUGCACAGCCUGUGUAAAAACUCUGUUUCUAUCGAUGGCAUCAAAGCCUUGUCAAGACGGUACAUAUUGGGGGAAAAAAAUAUAAGUAUUUGGAGCCAUUUUCCUGUUUUAAGAAUGAGGCCACAGGUAAUCUUGUGGAGUCCAGGGCUUCUGUGUCCAAACAAGAGAUUUUUCACCAGGACACACAAAACCCUGUUUUUCUUUGGAUUUCAGGUUGUGAAAGAAACUUGAUUUUGGUGCUUACUGUGUCUUCAACAGAGAAAUACAGUCUAUAGAUUAUAGCCACCAGCAAUUUUUUUCUAAUAAAAUGAGAGUAAAAGAGUACAUCAGAAGCCAGAGACCCAAUACCAUUUCAUGCAAACAUUUUCCUUCUAACCGUUUAUUUUAUUUUGCAAAGAAGAAGUAGAAAGAAAAUAUACAAAGAAGUAGUUCCUUAGACCCAUUCUCUUUAAUAAGCUCAUUAGAAAAGCAGCAAUAAAGGGGGAGGCAGGACUUCCUCUGUCCUUUAACCUGGAGCCUCUCAUUUUUUUUUCCAAAAUACUAUAUCAUAACAAGAUAGCAAAAGGUUGACGGAUCGAAAAAAGGAUCUGAGUUAUUCCAUAAAACAAAUACACCCCAAAGCCAAAACUACUCUCUAUGCAGUUUGAAAUGACAUUCUCCAUCUAGCCUAGGAUUAUUUUCUCAGCAACUUUAAAAAGUACAGAAUGCAAACGGCGAUAUGAGGAUUAGAGAAUUUAGACUUCCUAGGACAAAUUCUCACGUCUGCCCUUCAAUCAAACGGAUCCCCAGAAAAAAAGCAUCCAUUUUAAGGAGUCUGUUCUGUGUGUGAAGGCCUUCUGCCUUUGGGCUUCUUGGAUCUAAAAUAAGGUUUUUUAAAAAGGCAGGUAGAGGAGAGCUUUGUGUUUGAAACAAUGAAGACCAUGAUCUGUAAGUGUAGCCCAGGCCUCAGCUAAUGAAGACCUGCCCCUCUUUCCUUGUCAAACACACACACACGCACGCACACACGCACACGCAGGCACACCUACUUUGUCAAGUUUCCAUCAGUGGAAACUUGGCGUUCCCAGUCCUCUCUCAUGCUCUCCUGAGGUUACAGGGUUGAGCGCCCCCUCCAGGAUGCCACAGAACUCCUCGCUGAGGAUCAAACAGUAGUGCUCCUCUUUUCCUUUAGAAAACAGAGCCUUUUCCCACCGCAUGAUUGAUGAAUUCCAAACCAAUGGGGGGAAACAAAAAGGCUUUAAAAUAAUGAAUCUCUUUCUCAACUAUUGUUAUAUUCAAUUAAUUUAACUACAUUGAACGAAAUUAACUUCAGUGUCUAAGAAGACAGCUGUAGACCGCUUAUUAUGCUGCUACAGGGACUCAAUUCUUUUUGGUGUAAAUGUCACUCCUGCUAGCUCUUUGUAUAAAGAAUUAAUUCCAAGAGUCAUAUUUCCUUCUAAUGGAAAGAUUACUUUACUGAUUGCUAGGAAAACAGGGUAAUGGAAGGCACUCAAUUAAACCGAGCCGUUUCCAAAUGCAAUGUAUGUUUUAUGAUUGGCUUGUGAUAGGCGACGUUUAAUGUGUCUACUUGGUGUUUCCCUUUGAGCUUUGAACUUAUGUCAAAGUUUGUUUUCAUCGUUCUGUUGGCCUAGUGUUUCCCAUUGUCAGCCUGUAAUUCCUGCUCCGUUUUGCAAAGGGGAUUGUUUGUUUCCUCCCAUUUACCUUAGAGGAUUUAAAUGGGCUCAGUUGAUGAAGUGGCUGAGAAUUUUUCCCUCCCGUGUCCCUUGGGUGAUGUAGGAAAAAGAUUGCUCCCCACAUUUGCCUCAGGAGGUACUGGAUUUGAAUUUGUGUCAUUUUCACAGUGCAGGCAUUUAAUGGGGAUGGCAUGAACCUUGGGCAGCUGGGGCACAGGAGCCGGCUGGAGACUGCACCCGAACAGAGCGGUGGAAACCAGCACCCGCUCAGCCCACUUCAGCUGAGAAACGAGAUUUCCGUUUUUCGCCACAGUUGCCAAAUCUGUCCCUUAAAAGAGAACCAAGUCCUAUCUUCCAUGGUAACAAAGCACGUUUAAAAGCUGCCCUUUAGACAUCUGCUGUGACUCCAUCGCGAGGUAUUUUAAAAUUUUGGCAAGCACAACUCCCUUUGCCACACGCGUUCUUUGUCCCUUCCCCACGACCACUCACAAACGUUCACAACACGUUCACGACCAAGCGUGCACUGGACAAAGUGACCCACGAGCUCUGCUGUCUGCUCCACGCUUCGUAAAUGACAAUCACUGCUGAUGCAGAAGUUGCACUGUAUCCACUCAGGGAUGUUUUAUUUAAAAAAAGAAAAAAGAAAAAAAAAAA